CCUAGCUCUGUUCUUCAGCCCUCGAACAGGGCGACGCCGACAGCAAAACGUUCAGCUGCGGAGCUGUCCUUCGUCCACAAAGGACGCAUUGCUUCAGUGAAAGGUCCCCGCAUGUGUCCCACUUGACACUUUUCUCUUGCACAAAUGUUGUCUCCAAAGCGGGGCAAGUCGGGUUUUUGGGACCGUCAGACAGGGGGGCUGACUCCCACAAAGUUUGCACGCACAGCUGGCGGGAGCUUGGAUGUCAUCCAACGUCUGCGUCGAGAGGCUGUUCUAGAGGGCCACGAGGGGUGCGUUAACACCGUCUCGUUCAAUAGUACGGGCGAGCUUCUCUUCUCGGGAUCCGACGACCGCCAGAUCAUCGUGUGGGACUGGGAGGCCAAGCAGAAGAAGCUUGCAUACGACUCGGGCCACCAUAACAAUGUUUUCCAAGCACGCCCGAUGCCGUUCACGCACGAUAGGACCGUCGUCACGUGCGCAGCGGACGGGGAGGUUCGCGUCGGCACAAUCUCUGAAAGUGGUGCGUGCGAGACGCGGCGGCUGGGGAAGCACAGAUACCGCGCGCACAAGCUGGCCAUCGAGCCGGGCAGCCCCCACAUGUUCCUCAGCACGGGGGAGGACGGUUUCGUCAAGCAUUUCGACCUGAGGGAGGACAACCACACGCGCAUGUUCCGGUGCGGUCCCGUGGACCCGGCUCGGCGCGCGCACAGCCCCGCUCUCGGCGGCAGGGGAACCGUCGGCCUCAACAGCGUCGUCAUCAACCCUAGAAACACCAACCAGUUUGCGGUCGGCGGCUCCGACCAGUACGCCCGCCUAUACGACCUGCGCCGCCCGGCGGGGGGGUCCCUCCUGCAGGAGGACGACCCCCUCGCCACGUUUUGCCCGCCGCACCUGGAGUCCAACGAGCGCAGCGUGCACAUCACGUGCGUCGCGAUCUCGCAACAGGAGGAGGUGCUCGUAUCAUACAACGACGAGCUCGUAUAUCUAUUCCAGCCCAACCAGAGCCGAGAGGCCAGGCUGCGGACGUCCGCGGAGGCGCCGAUCGUUCGGACGACCGUAGCGGAGUCUCUGCGCACAGACCGGAGGGCCGAGUCCCCCAUGGACGAGAACGUCGCUGGACCGUCCGAUGCUCUCAACGGCAGUAUCGACGGUGUGAAAGAGGAGGGGAAGCGGACGUGGAUAGGCGGGCUGCGGAGGCGGCGGGGCCGGCCGGAUGACGACGACGAGGAGGACGAUGACGUCAGCGAGCCGAGCAGCUCUGGGGAGCCGGGAAAGCGGGCGUCCAGGCGAAGCCCAACUAAGCGGCGUCGCGACGCGCGCGAAGACCCGUCGCCCGACGCGGGCGAGGUGCAGAGCUACCGGGGGCACCGCAAUGCGCAGACGAUCAAAGGCGUCAGCUUCUUCGGGCCCAGCUGCGAGUACGUCAUGAGCGGGUCCGACUGCGGGCGCAUCUUCAUCUGGGAGAAGCGCACGGGGCGGCUGGUUAACCUGCUCAAGGGGGAUAACCACGUGGUGAACUGCCUGGAGCCCCACCCCGGGGCGACGAUUUUGGCGACCAGCGGAAUUGACAGCGACAUCAAGAUUUGGACGCCCACUGCGGACGAGCCGCAGGGCCUGCCUGCGGACGCCGAAAAGAUCAUGGAGGCCAACACGCGGCGACGGCAGGACCGCCUCUCCCCGCUGCGCACCAUCACGCCUGCCGUGCUGCUGCGAAUCCUGAACCUGCGGCGGCGCGCCGCCGAGCUGCAAGGUUCGGGCGGGGAAGACGAGGACCGGGAGGUAUUCGUCUUCGGGUCCGAGAGCGAUGCUGACGUGGACGAUGACGAGGAUGAUGACGAUGAAGAUGACGACGAUGAUGACGACGAUGACGCGUCAGACUCGGAGGAGGAAUACGGAGAGGGAGAGCAGGGGGGUGAAGGAACGGCGCCCCGGCCAGCGGAAGAGCCGCGGGCCGAGGAGCGACGGGAAGAGAGGAGGAGACGACCCACACGGGUUCGGGAGGAAGAUUGCGCUGUGCAGUGAUAAUACCCGGGGUAUCGGGACAUCCUCUAUAAUGCCAGAUCGGGGCUGAUGUUAGGUAGGUGCGUUUGCGGAGAGACUAGGUGCAAAGAGGGGAAGAGGUGAGGUGCCGGAGAAGCUUUUUUGCCACAGGUGUCCGCAUCUAUGCGGCAUCCGAACGCGUUUGGUACCUCAUAUGCAAAGGCAACGCCGUACUGAUCUAGGUCGUAAGCGGGAUAGAUGUACAUGACUAGUAUUCAUAACCAGCAUCGUGGGCAACAUCAGCGUAGGCCAAAAGGUUGGAACUUGUUUAUAUACAUGAGUCAGAUUCCGAGGCUUCAACUUACUGGAGCUGUUAAAAGCCGGGGGAGCUUGAGUUUUGAGCAGUUUCAUGUCGAAUUAUACGAUAAGCAUGGAUUUGACCGUGCGGUGGGUUUUGUUAAGUUAACGUGUUGCCU